AUGGCCCGGCUACUUCCUUCACUUCCAUCGACCAAUCCGAGCCCCGGAACUGAUCACUCUUAUCCGGGCCGGUUUUCUCCUCCCAAUACCUCUUCCAAUGGUGGGAUUAAUAUCGAUGAGGCAAUAGCUCGCCACUUGCGCCCUCCUCCUUACCACAACCUGCCACGUCCCCCCCAUCUCCCCUUUCCUCCAGCUGUCUACUCCCCUAUGCACGGUGGUCGAGCCAAUAGAGUUUUCCACCCCAAUGGACCGGCCAUUGGGGUUCCAUUUGGCUAUGGUCAUGGUCCUGUCAAUCCCGAUCAGUUCCUAGCGGGUCUCGUUCCUCAAGCUCAACCUGCUGCUCAGUCUCACCCUGCCAGUCCCAACCUGCCCGCUAAUGUUGCUAGAGAACCCAGCAACACUGCUUUGGUCGCCUCCAGCGAGAGCUUCAACACCGCCGAAGACUUCUUAACUCCGCAGAUUCGAGUUGCAUCUCCAACUCCCGCUGGUAUGUAUGACCCUGAUGACUACCAUCACUUGGCUCGUCACCAAGUCGAGUCUUUGUUGGAUCGACGCGCUGCACCUGAGCGGUUUGACCGCUACGAGUUUACUCCCCAACACUUCGAUGAUUUCUACCAAUCUGCGACAACCGCCCUUGUCCACCACUUUACUCGUCACCCCGCGGCCAAUGCCAACGAGAGACAAGAUCGUGUUAGGUUGUUUCGCUUCAUCACCCGCCGAUACCGUACCAUGACCCGUCGUGUCGUAUGA